AUGUUCACCAACGACGCUGCGAUGUCAUCUCCAGCGCGAGGGCCCCUCACAAGCCCCACCCUUUCUCAACUCCAGGAAGAAAAAUUCCGCUUCACUCCCGUCAAACUCACUCUCGAAGUUCCUCGCGUUUGGGAUCGAAAACUCUCGACUCCAUUUCUGACACGGCCUCGAUCGCGAAAGGUGUGGAAGCGCUUCCGUUCCUCGUUUAACAGUAUGAAAACGCUACAACAGAUGAUUGCGACCACGCAGAAUUGCGUGGAACAUGACUUUUCCACUGAGAUUAACUCGUCGCGAACUGCGGCAUGUCUGCGCGGUAUCAAGAGACGCUGUUUCACACUGGGUGAGAAUUCCGAUGAACCUUCGAGUCUAGUUGGUGGGAAAUCGCGCGGGCGGUCGUUUCUAGAGACGAAGUGGGAGACUGAUGCAUCUGGAAGACGACGUAAGCUCCCUGCUAUUUACGGUCUCGUGGACAAGUCCGAGCCUAUGACCAUGGGCCAUCAGCGCUUGGAACUUGCCCAGAGUGAGCUCGUUGACGGUGAGUUCUCACGGGAUACGUCCACGUCGGUCGCGCAAAUGCCCGUGGAACAGGACGAAUCCGUUACGAGCAACGCAUUGGCGCUGCCCGUAACCUAUCCCCGCUCGCUACAUGGCCAAUCCAGUUGGCCGUCGAGUGAGGAGGUGGAAAACACCUUGAACAUUAAAGAGCUUGGGGAUAUCCACUCCCCCCAAAUUCAGGACGCUGGGGGCGACACAGGCGAUACUGCGACAACUACGACGUUGCCACACGACGGCGAUGCAGUGUUAGAUGCAAUCAUGACGGAGGAUCGACAUGAACUGUCAAGCACAGAAAAGCACACUGAUGGCCAAAUUGCUACUGCAUGCGCAACAGCGACCGUGCAGAAGUUGACUGCAGAGCAGGAGUCGACCCUGGUCCGGUCGGCACUACGGAGCUCAUUGGAUGGAGAGGAUACUGCGUUGCUAAACAGCUUCCUGUCCAAGGCCAAAGCAAAACGUGAAGCUAAAGCAGCAGCACAGGUGGCAGAGAGCCCUGAGAAGAACUCUCCCCAGUCGGAGGAGGUUAUGGAAAUGACCGAAAUGCCCACCCCGCCAUCUCGUCGAGCUCUGGAGGAUCUUGACGCCAAUUCCCCCUCGCCUCAGAAAACGCAGCUAUCACCGACCAAGGGCCUUGUGAAGGAUCUCAGUGACGAGAACGACCCGCCUCCCACCAGUCCCCGUCGAAGCGCUCGAAAUAGCAACGCCGCGCCUCCCCGGAAAACCACUGCCGCUGCUGUUCGCAACACCUUUUCUCUACGCCGAGCUAAGGGGACCGAAUUUGUUUUUCUCCAGCGGUCCGAGGCCCAAGAGUUGGCGUUAGAAACCCGUCGUAACACGCGACAGAAUAAAGGGGAUUCGCUCCCCCCGAAGUUCAUGCUGCAGACAUUGGCACAACAAUCGUCCGUGCCCCUCGAUGACGACAAGUCCGCCCGCAAACCUGGUCGACCAAAGAAACAGGUCUCGUGGAACGAGGAGCACCUCGUUCAGUAUGAGGGAGGAAACCUUGGUGGGAAGAAACACCGCGAUGACGUUGAUGGACGGGGCGACAAUCCCUCGAGUCGCGACUCCGAGAAAAGAAAGGCAGCCAGUCGGCGCCUCACCCGCUCUCAGAGUUCCCCAGAGACUGGUGGUGACAACACCCAGGCUGCGUCGACUACUGCACCUGCUACUGCAACCCCUCGUACACGACGUGUGCGGAGGUUGGGGACACCUAAAACGGCAAUGACCUCCCUCGACUCCAGCCCCUCAUUAUCACCAAGCCCUGAGCGACGAAAAAAGUUGACCCCCAAGUCGCCCAAGACGGCGUUCCUGGCAACAUCAUCGAAGAAAACAAGCGGCAGCAGUACCAGCACGAGCAAAGCAGCGUCGGUCAGCAGCGGUUCGGGGAAAAGCGCGAGGAUCCUCAAGGCCCAUGCAGGGUCAACACCGAUGCCAAGGCGAGUUCGGUCGCGAGCUUAA